UCUUCAUUAUAUAAGACAUGUUUGUUGGCUCUUGAAUUACACUUACUCCAACUACAACCCCUGUUCCGGAACGCGGUAGCCGCUAGUCGGACGGUCGGAUUGGACCUAACACACAAAAAGAAAAUCGGGAAUUAAUCGAAAACUAUACAUGACAGAAUUUUUAGAUUGUUUACUAUGUUAUAAAACAUGUUAAUCUUAAUUUGUGUAUAACAUUAAUAUAUUUUCAUGUUUAAAAACUGUAUAAAACACACAAAUAUAAUAUAUAAACUUAAUAUAGUGUAAUUUUCAUCAAAAUUAUGAAUACAAAUGAUAUUUAUAAAAUUUUAGAUCAAAUAAAUAAAUAAAUAUAUUAUUAAAAGUAAAAUAAAAAUUAUAAAAUAAAAUAAAAUAAAAAAUAGAUUAGGCGGCCAUCUAGGCAGCUAGGCGGUCAUUUAGGCGGUUUAUGCGGAAAAAAAUCAGAUAUCCGAUUUUUUAAACCGAUUUGGCAUAAAUCGGGACGGAAAAGUGACGUGUAGUGCCCAGACGGCUAGGCGGCCGAUUUUUAGAACAUGGACUACAACUAACCUAAUUAAUCUGUUUUAAUUAUUGAUUUGAAAUACUCUACAUAAUUUUAUGUUUAACAAGUUUAUAUAAAUGUAUUUUAAACAGUGUUUAAUAUAUAAUAUUAUUAGUGUGAACAAAAAAGUUUUAACAAAUUCUUAAUGAAAUUUGGAUAUUCAUAAAACAUACAGAACAAGUUUAUGUAUCUUAAAAGUCAAGGAUUUCUUAAGGAGAUUGCAAAUAAUAAGUGGAAUUAAUCCUUUAAACUCAGAUGAACUGAAUUCGAAAAGAAGAAAAAACUAAACAAGGAAAUCCACACAAGCCAUACAAAACUAGCACCUACAUUGUCCUGAUUUGCUGAUGACAGAGAAGUGGUGUCAGCUUCAAACCUGAGACGUGAAGGGUCCAAGUCAACUAAUGUCUUAUCGGGUAAAACAGAUUCUGGAUUAGAGGUGAUUCUUCCAACUUUUCAAUGCUUCUAAACUUCCUUCUGGAUUACUAUUCGUGAUUCAUAAAUUUCUAGCGAUUUUAGAAAAUAAUAAAUUGACUAGGUUGUAAAGAAAAUAUUUAAAAUUUAUCUAAAAACUAAUUUAUAAAAACAGAUGACCUUGAUAUAAUUUAAUCCAGUACAUGUUUGGUAAGAAGUUGGCUAGGUUCUUGAGAAAUGGGAAAUGAAAUAUGACGAAACUUUGUUAGAAAACAAAAUACUUCUAUUUUGUGUGCUCUUUACCAUAAAUAUAAACCAUAUAAGUAAAUUUUAUUCUAGCUAAUUAAGAAAAUGUAUAAUUGGAGGUUUUAUAUACAAUCUGACCAAGCUCUACACCUAUCCCAAAACCCAAAACCAAAAGACUCUAUUACACUGGUUUAUACUAUACCGGUUUAUAAUAUACAUGACUCUGCGUACAUGAUUAAAGCUAUAUAUAUACAGGGAUCCCGCUAUAUACAUGAGUGCACAUCAAUAUCGAAUUUAAAUACCAUCAUAUCCACUUGCGUUCGUGGCCACUUUUAGUUCUUGUAUGUUUUUGCGCAGAGUCAAUAGCUCUGCUUGUAGUAUGGACCUUCACCUUCCACAGAGAAAGAGAGUGCGAGUCAUGAUCUCAGGUUAAUUCGAGUUUCGUUGCUAAUAAAAAAUAAUCAAAUAAAUUAAUGUCCGUAAGCAGGUCUUCCGGCGUCGUUGUAGGAACAAAACGGCGAGUGUCCUGAAGGGUUAAGUGCGAUGAUAGGACUUAAUUCAUUAUUUAGACCAUCCACUUGGUAACAUUUAUGUUCCAUUACCCAUUAAAAAUAAAAUUAAAAAGGUUCAAAGAGUCGUGAAGCCAACUCAAAUCCAACACAAAAUAGAAAUGUAGAUCCUUUUGAUCUAAUAACAAAAUAUUAAGAGAAAAUAGAAAACAAGACAUGCUGAUUCACCAAAAAAGUCUCUAGUGAUCAAAGUAUAAAAAGACCCAAUGAAAAGGCUCUGAAGCGUCUUGACAUUAACAGUUUACUUGUGUGCAUGCUUUUAGAAAUUAAAAAAAAAAACACACUCCUUUUCUCUCUCUCUCUCUCUUUCGACCAUAUAUUCGCAGAAUCACUCCUGUUUGCUGCCCUAGAUCUUGAAGAAGAGGAUCAAAGUUGACUUUUUGAGAUCUGGGUUUGGACAAAGACUCUGUCUUUCUUCAUUCUACCGUUUUGUUUCAGCUCAGCUCGAAGUUUUAUUAAGGCAAUGCCACUUUAAAAGAAGUAUGAAAUAAAGAUUCAAUCUUUGUAUGCCUUUCAACUAGAAGGCACGACAAGGGAGGUGUGUUUGGAGGCGUGAUUUGGUUUCAUCAAAUGGUUGAGGCGCAGAAGAAUUAUCAAGGGCCGCCACGUCACCACACAUCUCUCAAGAAGCCCCUAUGGCUGGUCUUGUCAGUUUCAGUGUUCAGCAUGCUUCUCAUCUGCACUCGCAUGUCCCCACGACACAGCAAUAACUCCUCUAAGGCUCUCUCCUCGUGGCUACCUGUUCACGUCAGGAAACACACCGACGAGGAGGUGGCAGCUAGAGCAGUGGUCAGAGACAUACUCAAAACGCCUCCCGUCGUAACAGAAAACUCCAAAAUAGCCUUCUUGUUCUUGACUCCGGGGACUUUGCCGUUUGAGAAGCUCUGGGAUGAGUUCUUCACGGGUCAUGAAGGGAAGUUCUCUAUCUACAUCCACCCGUCCAAGGAACGGCCAGUUCAUAUCAGUAGUCACUUUUCUGAUAGGGAGAUCCAUAGUGAUGAGGUCACUUGGGGAAGGAUCUCUAUGGUUGAUGCAGAGAAGAGGUUGCUAGUUAGUGCUCUUGAAGAUCCUGACAACCAACACUUUGUUCUUCUUUCAGAGAGUUGUAUACCCUUGCAUACCUUUGACUAUACUUAUAGAUAUUUGCUCUAUUCCAACGUCAGCUUCAUUGAGAGUUUUGUGGAUCCUGGUCCUCAUGGAACUGGUAGACAUAUGGAACACAUGUUACCUGAGAUUGCUAGGGAAGAUUUUAGAAAGGGUGCUCAGUGGUUCACAAUGAAGCGGCAACACGCGGUUAUAGUGAUGGCUGAUGGUCUCUACUACUCAAGGUUCCGAGAGUAUUGUGGACCAGGGAUAGAGGCUGACAAAAACUGUAUUGCAGAUGAACAUUACUUGCCAACAUUCUUCAGUAUGAUUGAUCCUAUGGGGAUCUCGAACUGGUCAGUGACUUAUGUUGAUUGGUCUGAACGACAGUGGCAUCCAAAGACUCACACGGCAAAUGAGAUAUCACUAGAGUUCAUGAAAAACGUCACGACCGAAGAGAUGAGUACACACGUCACAAGUGUGGGAGAGCAUGGAGAUGAGCUGCAUUGGCCAUGUACAUGGAACGGGAUUAGACGGCCUUGUUAUCUGUUUGCGAGGAAGUUUCAUCCUGAUACUCUCGACACAUUGGUCAACCUCUUCCCUAACUACACAAGCACAGUUAUCUGAGGGAAGGAUUCUAGAGCCGAAACAGGCAAUUCUUGAAUUCAUUUUUGUUCCAGAUAUGUUGGAUCUUUUAGAUAUUGUAAAUUUUCCGAAAAACAAAAACUGAAAUGAUUCGUGGAAGUUGAUGUUUCUUGAUGGACCUGAAGAGUUGGUUUAUACAAAAUUAGAGCAGAAAUUUUUUGGUUAAAAAGACUUUCAUAUUGCUGGUAUAUCCCUUUGCUUCGUCUCUAA